CUCUGAGCCAAAGGCAAUAUGCUGCUGACUUCCUGCUCUGAUGCCUGUGGUCUCAAUCUGCUCUGGUGCCUCCUGAUCGUACUCAAAGCCCUGCCAGCAGCUCUCGGGGGUGACCUGUCUGAGCCAUGUGGUGGGCGGGACUGCUCCACCUGUCAGUGUUUCCCAGCCAAGGGAGCAAGGGGUGCUCCUGGUUCUCUGGGUCUGCAGGGCCCUAAUGGACCCAUGGGCUUCCCGGGUCCUCAGGGGCCUCCAGGAGAGAAAGGCCAGAGAGGAGAUGAGGGGCCAACAGGAGCUGCAGGCCUGAAAGGACAUAUGGGAUCUCUUGGUGUUCCUGGUUUUCCAGGUUUGGAUGGAGUUCCGGGACACCCGGGACCUGCUGGAGGUCCAGGACAUCCAGGUCUGGAUGGAUGUAAUGGAACUAGAGGAGAGAAGGGGAAAGGUGGACUUCCGGGAGAACAAGGACGUGACGGAGAACUGGGUUUUCCAGGACCGAAAGGAUAUCCAGGAGAUCAGGCGGUGUAUUUCAUCCGUAACCCUGGAGUGACUGGAGAUGCUGGGCCCAGUGGACAUCCCGGUCUGUGGGGUGAGCAGGGCCUCUCGGGAUCGAAGGGAGCACUGGGUUCUCCAGGACCAAAAGGCCAAGACGGCGUACCUGGAAGCCCAGGUUCUCGAGGUCCACCCGGGGAAAGAGGUCGAUCUCUGCCUGGACAGAAAGGAGAUGAGGGGGAUCAGGGUUUGCAGGGACCUCCGGGGCCCUUUGAGUAUGUUGACCCUCCCGAAGACCUCUACAUCAAAGGAGACAAAGGCUCCCGGGGGGUUAAAGGAGUCUGUGGAAUUGACGGACAGCUGGGUCUGAAUGGGUCACCUGGGAUGGAAGGGGAGAAGGGGAUUUUGGGGCUUCCUGGACCAAGGGGACUCCCUGGACAACCUGGUCUGCGUGGGAACAAAGGAGUUAAGGGAAUCCAAGGAAGCUCAGGACUCCCAGGUCUGAUUGGACGAAAUGGUCCUAAGGGCGAAAGGGGAGAUCCCGGGCCUCCAGGCAACCCCCGGGAGGAAGACAUCACGUACACCGGUCAAGUUGGGGAUCCCGGGUCACACGGCCCGCACGGCCUUAAUGGAGACAGGGGGCGGAUGGGAAUACCCGGCCCCCCAGGACCGCCUGGCAGAUCAAUAGUUGGACUGCCGGGAGUUGUAGGUCAGAAGGGAGUUCCAGGAUGCAAGGGGGUCAGAGGAGAUCCAGGUCAGAUCUCUACAGAGAAACCCACACCUGGAGAACCUGGAAAACCAGGGCGCCGUGGAUUCAGAGGACAUAAAGGACAGCAAGGUGUUCCAGGUACCUACUGUCUCCCUGGAGCCUCAGGACCACGUGGGGACCCAGGUGUGCUCGGACCCACAGGGUUUCAGGGCUCACUGGGAAUUAAAGGUAGUUGUGGCAGCUGUUCUUGUGGCCUUCCUCUUGUACUAAGAGGUGCACCUGGCCCUAAGGGUGACUUGGGAUUUCCAGGCUUCCAAGGAUCCUCUGGACCCACAGGUCCUCGGGGAGAGUACGGUGUUCCCGGAGACACAGGAGAGACUGGUGAGCAGGGUCGGGCCGGAUUGCCGGGUGUCAAAGGCUUUAAAGGACAGAAAGGAGAUUUAACAGUGGAGGAUAUCGAAGGUGAGAAGGGAAACAAGGGACAGCGGGGCCCUGCAGGCAGACAAGGGUUCCCAGGAAGAAGAGGACAGACUGGGCCCUCAGGGGUCCCUGGAAAUCCCGGUUUCCAGGGGGAGAGUUUUUUCAGCUUCCCUGGAGAAAGGGGCCUCAGAGGAACUACAGGGUUAAAGGGAUAUUUAGGACCUCCAGGUCCCCGAGGACCAGAUGCAGAUGGAGCUGUGGGAGAACGUGGACUCCUUGGGGAUCCAGGACCUACUGGAUCCUGUGGCCCCCCGGGGUUAAAGGGGGUUAAAGGUGACCCUCCACCCUUUAGACCCAUAAGACCAGGUGCCCCUGGAGAGAAGGGAGACCCUGGAAGUGCAGGCUACACAGGUUCCCAGGGUUCUCCAGGUUUUCCUGGUGGCAUUGGGUCAGAUGGACCUAAAGGAGACAAUGGGAAGGAUGGACUUCCUGGAAUACCUGGGAAACAAGGACCUCAGGGUGUCACUGGAGAUUAUGGAGAUGAAGGACCUGAAGGCUUCAGUUAUGAUGGAGAUCCAGGCUCUCCGGGACUUCGAGGCUCUGCAGGUCUCAGCGGACCAACAGGAGACUCUGCUUUUGGGCUCCCAGGCUCUAUUGGCUUUCCAGGGACACGGGGCCCUCAAGGACCCAAAGGAGUGCCUGGCGACCCCGGCCAACAUGGUCUACCAGGCAUCGGUGGUCUCCAUGGAUGUCGUGGAGCAAAGGGUCAGAAAGGAGAUGAUGGAGCCCCCGGUAUAACUGGCUGCUCAGGACCCACAUCGAACCGAUGUGAUCCAGGAAAACCUGGUACAAUGGGCCAGUCGGGCUUUCCGGGAUCUAUUGGAGCCCAAGGUAUUUUUGGGGAUAAAGGGGAGAUCGGCAGCGUUGGUUCUGAAGGAAUUGGCCGCAAAGGCUCUGUGGGUGCAUCAGGACUUCCAGGUGUCCGUGGAAAGCCUGGUUGUCAGGGCCCCCCUGGACUCAAUGGAAGCUCGGGACUUCAGGGCACUGGUGGUCCAAAAGGUCUGACUGGACCCCGGGGCUGGGACGGGGUGCCUGGGAACCCUGGAGAGCCUGGUGUCCCCGGAGAUCCAGGCAUGACUGGAGAGAGAGGGUUCAACGGACGAGAUGGUGGUCAAGGAAUCGAAGGGCCAAAAGGACAGAAGGGCUUUCAAGGUCCAACAGGCCCUCCAGGACCGACCAACUACAUCCGCAUUAAAGGAAAGACAGGAGACCCAGGACAUCCCUCCACUGUUGGAUUUACUGGACCUCGAGGAAGCAAAGGUAUGCAGGGAGCAGCAGGCAAGUCAGGGCAUCCAGGGUGCGACGGACCCCCGGGCAUUGUAGGACCCCCCGGGCCCCCUGGACCCUGUGGCAAACAGGGGCCUGCGGGACUCCCGGGACUGAAGGGGUUUGAAGGAUACUGUGGCUUUCCCGGAAGCGUUGGAGAUCCAGGUGACAAAGGAUGCUCAGGGAAACCUGGUGAGCCUGGUCCCCCAGGAUGUAAAGGUCCCAAAGGUAAUAAAGGGGAGUCUGUUGGUUGCUCUGGUCCAAAUGGAGAAAGGGGGCCUCGUGGAGACAAGGGGCACCUAGGACCUCCUGGAUCUCCUGGAGAUCCGGGAGGGUUGGGUUUUACUGGGGCUCCAGGAGAGAAAGGAUCCAAAGGAGAGAAAGGACACCAUGGAAACAUCGGUCCUGGAGGUGUGAUUGGGCCCCCAGGUCCCAGGGGUCAACCAGGUACUCCAGGUAUUGAAGGUAAAAGUGGGGGUGAUGGUCCUCCAGGACACGAAGGCUACCGAGGACUCAAAGGUCCUCCUGGACCGCUGGGACUUCAUGGACUGGACGGACUGAAAGGAGAGAAGGGGGCCACUGGGACCAGAGGUCGGGGCUUUCCAGGUGUUGAAGGUUCCUUGGGUCCACCAGGAGAUAAAGGUCCUCCAGGGCAUCAAGGUCUUUGCGGCACAUCUCAACCUGGACCACCAGGAUACAAAGGCCCCGUCGGAACCAAAGGGCCUCCAGGUAAAUGUGGACCUCCAGGUAAACUUGGACCAGACUGCAAAACUCCUAUCAAAGGGCCCUGUGGAGAUCCUGGCUGUCCAGGCCAAGAUGGAGAGCCAGGGAGUCUUGGUGAGAUCGGGGAUCCUGGUCAAAACCCUCCAAUUCGUGGGGAUAUUGGGGACAAUGGUAACGUGGGAUGCCAAGGGCCAAAGGGACCAAGAGGAUGCCCAGGACAUAUAGGAACACAAGGUUGCACUGGAUACCCAGGACAGAAAGGUAUGAGAGGCGAUAGUGGUUUGUUGGGAAUACCUGGCCCUCGAGGUUGUAAGGGUGUUCCUGGUCACUGUGGAUCUCCAGGACUUCCUGGAUCUCCUGGAGAUCAUGGACCAAAAGGGGAAAAGGGUGACACCUUAGAUCCUGAACUCAUAUCACCUCCAAAGGGUCCUCCUGGAGAAACUGGCUCAACUGGUCAAUUUGGACAUCCUGGCCUGAAUGGAGAACAAGGCCCAUGUGGUCCUAAAGGUGAUAAGGGAGAUUAUGGACCUCAGGGAUGUAAAGGCUGCGAUGGAGCCCCUGGUCUAAAAGGAGACAAAGGAGAGCCAGGCCUGUCAGGAGAGAGUGGAGUAGUGGGACAGAAAGGUAACCGUGGUCCAGAAGGUGAAAAGGGUUCUCACGGACCAACCAAAGAACUGAACUUGGGCUUGUUGGUGAUGCACAGUCAAAGUGCAAACACUCCCAGGUGUCCAGGCAACAUGAACACCCUGUGGGAAGGAUUCAGUCUGCUGUAUCUGGAAGGCCAGGAGCGGGCACACACUCAGGACUUGGGUCAGCCGGGGUCGUGCAUGCGUGUCUUUUCCACCUUGCCCUUCGCUCCAUGUAACAAGCGUACCUGCUCUUACGCCAGUCGUAAUGAUAAAUCCUAUUGGCUAACGACAAUGGAGCCUGUCCCACGUGAACACGUGAGUGGACCCAGCAUCCAAAACUACAUCAGCCGCUGUGUGGUGUGUGAAGCCCCAUCCCUACCCAUCGCAGUGCACAGCCAGUCCAGACAGUCUGUGGAGUGUCCCGAAAACUGGACAGAACUGUGGGACGGAUACUCCUUCGUCAUGCAUACAGGCGCAGGUGAUGAAGGUGGUGGCCAGCCUCUGACAUCAUCAGGUAGCUGUCUGAAAGCAUACAAGGCCCAGCCGUUCGUGGAGUGUCAGGGGCCUCGUGGAACCUGCCACUUCUUCGCCAACAUGUACAGUUUCUGGCUGACCACCCUGACCGACCCGGCGAUGCUGACCAAUGACCAAGAGCAGAGGAGGAGCAUUGCAAAGUGCAAAGUCUGCAUGAGGCUGUGAGCGGGAGGGCUGCCACCUCCACCUGUGUGAGACAGAGAAGAGAUGCUUCAUCUCCACAUCUUUCUCAAGGAAAUCGAGAGGACGCAUCACUUCCUCCAACUUUACGAGGCAGGAGGGAGCGAGUGAGGAUGUGCAGGACUGGUGUGUUUGUCUCUGUGAGGAGAGACCGUCGUCUUACAGUCAGUCAGCUGCUCGGCUGAUAAUCAAUCAGUCCUGAUCUGCAUCAGCUCAGCACUCGCAUCAUUACAUUCAUCAGUAGGUGGGUUAUUAAUGAAACUACUUUAACAUAAAUAAAUUUGCCUAAAUGCUCCAAAAAAUACUUUAAAAACAUGACUUCACAGGAAAGCGCCACACAUUGUGGUUCGGAUGCCCUUCCUGACACGUGCGCCUCUUUCAUCUGUCACUCGAAUUUGGAAACUGUAAAUAUUCAUAUUUGUAAAAACGGCAGCGACGGACAUUCAGGCUACUUGCGUCAGCUCGUGAGGUUAGUGAGUCCUUCUCUGUGCAGAUGACAAACAGACUUUCUUUUGGAUAAAAUAGUCUCAUAAUAUACUUAACAUCCAAUCUGCAGCACAUAGCUGUGUUUUACAGCAGGUCACUUUCCGAGGUUCGUGCUUGGAUGUGUUUUUAUUCCGGUGUGUAACAGGGUUGGGUACGCAGCCUAUUAUCCAGUUUUUAUAUGAUAUCACAUGUGAUUUAGUUUCCUUUAAUUAAUUCAGAGGUGGCUUUAUCUGCAGCUCCGUGUGUGUUCUUGGGCUCCGCGAGAGUAACUUUGUAUGAAAGACAGUUCAAAAUAAUCCUUUUCUAUCUCACAUGUACUGUAAACGAGCUGUUUUAGCUGCUUGAAAUAUUAUAAAUAUAAGUGACUGAUAUUAAUAUUUAAUGUACAUAGCUAACAGUCUAAGAGCCUCUAAAACUUUUCAUGUUUUCUUUUUUAUUGUCUUUUCUGUGGUUGUUACAGUUCAGCAUUACUCAGGGAUGGAAGUAACCAAUUAACCGAAACAAUCUAGUCUUUCUGUAAUAAUUCUUUUUGAGUCAUUUUAGGUGUUUGCCAUAAAUAUAAUUAAAAACAAAAAAACAAAAAAUUCCUGUGAACUACAGGCUGGGAAAUGACAGCGAAUCAGAAUGAGCCACAUUUCUAUCCCAAGUGUUUGUAAAAGUCAGACUGCAGCUCUAAGCGAAGCUUCAGCUGCCACAGUAACAUGAUUAUAAUACUAAUACACACACAGAUACAAAGAAACACAGUCAGGGGGAAACGGAGCGAAUGAAAAAGCCAUGUGCUGUUGCUUACACUCUAUCUCAGCAAGUUUGACAGAGAAAUGAACGUAGUCGGGGGUUAAGGUGGAAUUCAGCAGGGGGCUGUAGAGCUGUCGGCUCUGUGAGCAGGUUUUGUGUGCAGACUGUGAUCAGCUGUAACUAAGAUUGAGGAAGUGAUUCCUCUGCUCUUAUCUUCAACACGACAUAGAGCAGUUAAAGAAACUCUGCUCCUACAGAGAUGAUUAUCUCAUUCAUGGUGCUUGACUCGCUGGUAUAACUCUGAUUUAGAAGAUCAUCGUUUAGCCUGGAAAAAUUAUUUUGUGCUUUAUAAGAAAGCCCUCCAUAGAGCUUGAACAUCUUACUAUUCAUCACUGAUUGAAGAAAAUAAGAACAACUCUAUGUUUGCUGUUAUGGUCUACAGGCCUUUUAGGGUCACAGCUUUAAACCUUUACUCAAAAAGCAACU